AUCGAAUGCGAAGGGUGCACGAGCCAUACCGGAUCAGAAUUACCUCGGCAUGGAACAGCAGUACAAGGAGCUGAAGGAGAAGUACGACGGCCUGCUGGACGUGAAGCAGUCGCUCGAGAAGGACGUGAUGUCUCUGCAGAUGCUGGUAGAGCAGGAGCGAAACAACCGCUCACAGGAAUCCACCAACAGCGUCGAACUAGAGAGCAAAAUUAGUAACUAUCAGCACACGAUAGAGCGGUUAAAGGCCAAGGAACAGGAGACGCUCACGAAUCAGGCGAAAAACAGAGAGCAGAUCGUCCGCUUAGAGAAGGCAAAGGCGAUGCUGGAACUGGAGGUGAGGACGCUGCAGCACAAGCUGGACGAGGAGCAGCACCUUCACCACGAGAGCGUCAUCCGCACCGAGAAGCUGCAUAUGAAGAUGUCGCGCGAGGAGGCGAACAGCGCCGCCAUCGACGACGUAAAUCAGAAGCUGCAUGAGGAGAGGGAUGCGCGACAGAAGAGCGAGCAGCAGGCGCAGGAGGCCGACCGCCAUCGCUCGAUGCUCAGCGUCGACUACAACCAGCUGCAGCAGCAGCACCAGCGCAUCGAGCAGGAGUUCCACGCCGAGAUCGAAAAGACGAAGAGUCUCUCGCUGAGCCUGGAGCAGGAGUCGCAGAAGCGUGCGCUGCUGCACAACGACCUGAAGCAGCAGAGCCACCAGGUGACGAUGUUCAAGAACAAGGAGAAGCAGCUGACGAAGGAGGUUCACGACCUUCGCGAGCAGUCGCACAUGCUGAGGGAGGAACUGCAGCGUGCAAAGACGAGCAAGACGGUGGACGACCUUCAGAUGAAGGAGCUGCAGGACCAGCUGGAGGCGGAGCAGUACUUCUCCACGCUCUACAAGAACCAGCUGCGCGAGGUCGAGGGCGAGAUGGCCGAGAAGGCGUCGAUGUGCGACGGCAUUGAGUCCGACUAUCGAGCCGUGCUCUCUGACAGGGACAAGCUGCGGAACCAGCUGCAGCUGGCGCUGACGAAGGCAGACUCGGAGGAGCUGGCGAGGAAGAUAGCCGAGGAGCACGUGUCUGACCUCGAGAAGGAGAAGACAAUGAUGGAGCUCGAGAUCAAGGACCUGAUCGCGCGGCAGAAGACGGAGAUAUCCAACAAGGAAACGCAGAUAUCGACGUUGCAAGACAAAAACAAGGAGUAUGGGAAGACCCUUGAGCGUGUUAUUCAAGAGAAGGACGAGACAGACAACGUGCUUAAGAAAGCCAUUGAUGAGAACCCGCUGGAGGGUUGGCUGGCCAUCCCCAACAAGCAGAACCUGCGAAAGCACGGCUGGAAGAGGCAGUACGUGAUCGUGAGCAGCCGCAAGCUGUUCUUCUACAACUCGAACGAGGACCGGCAGAACUCCGACCCCGUCCUCAUCCUCGACCUGCAUAAAAUGUUUCAUGUGAGGGCAGUCUCUCAGGGAGAUGUCAUUAGAGCCGAAGUCAAAGACAUACCGAAAAUAUUCCAGAUUCUUUAUGCGUCGGAGGGAGAGGCGGUGAAACCGGUGGAAAACGCGCCGCCGGAGAUCACGAACCCUAAGGAUCCCUCGGCCGUCGCGCACAAGGGCCACGACUUUGUGCCUGUGUUCUUCCACAUGCCGACGCCGUGCGAGGCGUGCAGCAAGCCGCUGUGGCACAUGUUCAAGCCGCCGCCGGCGCUCGAGUGCAGUCGCUGCCACGUGAAGAUACACAAGGACCACAUGGACCGCAAGCAGGAGGUCGUCGCUCCCUGCAGAGUGAACUACGAGAAUCGUGCGAAAGAACUGCUGCUGAUGGCUUCCACUGUUGAGGAACAGCAACGGUGGGUGAUGAAGCUGAGUAAGACGGUGUUUCAGAAAGGCAUCAUCAUCAGUCAAAAGGAGGCAGAUCGAGAGAGUCAGAGAGGGGGAUCCCCACGGUCUUCCCUUAUAGGGACAUUGCCGUCGAAGCGAAAGUAGAACGUACUGCCUCGGAACUGUAUGCAUAUACCGGUUACACUCCAAGACACAUUCAUCACGAUCAUGCGUGUGAUGCUGCCAUACGCGGAUACUUUGCAAGGGUGUCACUCUAAAACAUGGAUAGAUAUAUAUCACACGUGGUGGGUGGCAGUCCAGAAAGUCAUAAGGAACUGUGCCUGUCGGGAGAAUUUCCCCAGGGAACGGAUAUUUCGCGAUAAUGGAUGGGCAGAUCUCUAAUGGCAGUGGCAACUAUCAUUUUUAUUUAAUUAGUAAUAUCAGGCUAUCGUUUCAUGCAUAUUUACACCCGACGUGUUAAGCUCGAAGUGUGUUAUUGUAGUGACUUUUCGCCAAAAAAAACUGCGUUAGGGAACCAGUUCUAAUGUAUGAUAUUUAUUAACAGUACGCGCUUGGUUAUAUCGAAGUUGUAACUGUUCGAUUUGUUGUGCCUCGCUAAUUAGAGGCUCUUUGAUUCCAUUAAGGUGCCUUACUAAGUUAUGAGUUUAUGUUCUGUCGUCGUGAUUCGUCUCGGCAAAUGUGUAAUGGCGGUUCAUUCUCGAGCGUUUACUGGUGAUGAAUGCUGCAUAGGAGUUCGUCCUAGCACGCCGAUGAUGCUAAUAUGCAGCAGGAGUCGCAGUCUAACCACCUUGUGCUGACACAUGCGUCUAAACAGAGGAAUUGCUCCGACCUGUGAUUGGAGGAUAAAAAUAGACCCCGCCCACUCCCGCCGC